GUGGUCUUCGCCAGAGGCGCCCACAGAGUCCUUGCACGAAGAGCUUGCCGACCUAGGACUCGAUGACGAGGACAUGUUCUUCAAUGGACUAUCGGAGCUAAGCCGUCGGGAUGCGCUGUUUGCUUGCUCCCUUCUCGUUCUCGCCUUGAUGAUCAACGGCCGAAUCGACCGCACCAACUGGGCUUUCAUCCAACGUGCCAGUCGGAGUGUAGAGCCCCCACUGGAAGCAAAGUGGUCCAAUGUGCUCCAUCUGGUGAAUGCGUAUGUUGGCGGACGGUCAAUGAAUGCCGAUAUGUUCCACGCGGUAUUCCAGCCUUCCAUGACCCAGUCCUCUUCUGCCACAUGCUGCGACUAUUUGGGUGAGGGCUGGAGGUACGUUCUGGACUACACCAACUGCUGCUAG